AUGACCUCUGAUAUCGACAGCAGAAGCAUCUUGAUCUCAACGGCUCCUGUUCAUGACCCUGUCCCCGACAAUAUUACGUAUUUUGAGGAUGCGUAUACACACCUCCGGAGUGUCAAGCCCAAGGUUGCCACUGUUGUUCCCCACCCCAACGCCAACUUCAAAGUCGUCUCUGCCAACAAUAUACCUACUGUCGCCGUCCCUGUCACUGGUCAGAACUCGGACAAAGACUAUGGAUUCAACGACAACAAUGAUUUCAUUGACGCCCUGAAUGGCGUGCUGACGAACGGCAACUUUGACGAUGUCUUUUCAAUAGCCAUUCACAAUGCCUACCAAAACGGUACCAUCAAUAGCGAUCGCCCGUCCAUUGUUGGAACAUCCUCGGUUAUGUUGGACAAGCGAGGGCGAAUGAUUGUUGAAGAGGAGACUGACGAGGAGUCGGAAGCGGCACUAUCGUCCACCGCCAUCACCACCAGCACCACCACCAGCACCAUCACCAGCACCAGCGCCGCCACUGCCACAGCUACCGCUACAGGAUCUUACACCGCCGCCACUGAAGGCUAA